AUGGGACUCUGCUUCUCCCGCCCGUUCGCUCCUUCCAGGCGCCACCACCACCAUGUUGUCGUCACCUCUCCUCCUCCCCCUCGCCACCGCCACAUGCAUCACACCGUGUCCGUCCAUCCCGCGCCGCGCGGACCUACCUUCGGACCGGGACCUGGGUACGGACACGGACCGCCGAGGACGGUGGUGGUGACGCAGGGAGGCGGACCAGGGAUGGGAAGGAGGAGGAGGAGGUGGUGA